UAAGCUGCUUACUGCAGCAGGUGAAUGGAGGAAGCAACAGGGGACAACUGAGAAAGAUUUGUUUACACUGAUGUUGGACUAAAGGAUACUCCAUACAGCAUCAUGACUACAUGUUGAAAGUAGACAUAUUUACUUGACAGAUUACUAAUGAUCCGGAUUUUGACAGUGUGAAGAAGUGAAGUCUGGAGUUUCUGAGUUUUCUUUGCAGCCAGCAUGGAGUGUCACGACAAGGUGACACCUCAUCUGAUGAUGGCUGUAGGGACAGCUGUGAUUGGCUCUCUCCAGUUUGGCUACAACACAGGUGUCAUCAAUGCUCCUCAGAAUAUUAUUGAAAGCUUCUACAAUGAGACGUGGAGCAGCCGGUUUUCAGAGCCCAUCUCCCAGAACACUUUAACAGCUCUUUGGUCGCUCUCUGUGGCCAUCUUCUCUGUGGGGGGAAUGUUCGGCUCCUUCUCUGUUGGCGUCUUCGUAAAUCGCUUUGGCAGGAAGAACUCCAUGCUUAUGGCCAAUGUACUCACCUUUAUUGCGGCUGUGUUUAUGGGAUUCUCCAAGCUGGCUGCAUCCUACGAGAUGCUCAUCAUUGGCCGUUUCAUAGUGGGUCUCUACUCUGGUCUUUCCACUGGCUUUGUGCCCAUGUAUGUAGAAGAAAUCUCUCCCACAUCUCUCCGCGGAGCAUUAGGCACUCUGCAUCAGCUCGGUGUAGUGAUCGGCAUUCUCAUGGCACAGAUCUUUGGAAUUGAAUCUAUCAUGGGGAAUGCCUCCCUGUGGCCCUUGCUGUUGGGUUUUACUCUGCUGCCAGCAGUGGUGCAGUGUGUCCUGCUGCCCCUCUGUCCUGAGAGCCCCCGAUACCUCCUCAUUGACUGCAAUGAGGAGAGCAAAGCCCGCAGCAUCUUGAUCAAGCUGCGGGGCACUGACGACGUGGGUGACGACAUGGAGGAGAUGAGGGAAGAGAGCCAGCAGAUGAAGAGGGAGAAGAGGGUGACCAUCCUAGAGCUGUUCCGCUCCCCCAAUUACCGCCAACCCAUCUUUGUUGCUAUCAUGCUGCAUUUGUCGCAGCAGCUAUCUGGAAUCAAUGCUGUGUUUUAUUACUCAACUGGGAUCUUUGAACGAGCAGGUGUUUCCCAGCCUGUCUACGCAACCAUUGGUGCAGGCGUGGUCAACACUGCCUUCACUUUGGUUUCCUUGUUUAUAGUUGAGCGAGUUGGUAGGAGACCGCUUCAGCUUGUUGGAUUGAUGGGAAUGGCAAUUUCAGCUAUUUUCUUAACUGUUGCCAUGGCAUUGUUGGACCAGUUCAGAUGGAUGUCCUAUGUCAGCAUAGCUGCCAUAUUCAGCUUUGUGGCAUUUUUUGAAAUUGGCCCUGGCCCCAUCCCCUGGUUCAUUGUUGCCGAGCUCUUCAACCAGGGGCCCCGGCCUGCUGCCAUUGCGGUUGCUGGUUUCUCAAAUUGGACUUCCAACUUCUUAGUGGGAAUGAGCUUCCAGUAUAUUGAGCAACUCUGUGGUCCAUAUGUCUUCAUCAUCUUCACUGUAUUUUUGCUCGGCUUCUUCGUCUUCACCUACUAUAAGGUGCCAGAGACCAAGGGCCGCAGCUUUGAUGAGAUUGCUGCAGGAUUUCGACAGUCAGCUGGUCAGGGUGCUGACAAAUACUCGGCCCCUGAAGAGUUCAACACCCUCAGGGGGGAUGACCCUGACCUUUGAAAGCUGUAAUAAAUGACUCACAUGCA